GGCUCAUUUGGAGAAAAUAACACUGUAAAUAAAAGUGGUUUAACUGCUUGCCGCAUGAUGUGCCGUAUUGGAAUGCGCUGUCAACUAAUUAAUGGCCAAGCCACGUGCGUCCCUUUGCCCAGAGCAGAGUGUCUUGUUUGGGGAGACCCCACUAUAUCACUUUCGACGGCAGACAUUUUGACUUCCAGGGAACCUGCACUUACACCAUUGCCAAGACCUGCAUAGGGACCUCUGAUAAACUCUCCUUUAACGUGGAGGCCAAGAAUGAAAAUCGUGGCAACCUUGGAGUGUCCUUCUUGAAAGUGAUUAAAAUUGUGGUUUAUGGCUACAGCAUAGUGGUAUCCAGAGGUGAAAAUGGCAGCGUAAUGAUCAACCAAAACAUUUAUUUUCUACCUGUCAUGCUUGAAAAUGGGAGAGUAAACAUUUACCAGGGUGGCGACUAUGGUGUCCUGGAGACAGACUUUGGCUUCAGGUGACUUUUGACUGGAAUCAGCUGCUCCUCACGUCUGUUCCCAGCACCUUCAUGGGUAAGCUCUGUGGACUGUGUGGAAAUGACAAUGGUGAGCAGAAUGACGACCUGCAGAUGAUGGAUGGGACUCAGGCCAGUGAUGUGGUGUCCUUUGGAAGGAGUUGGGUGGUACCUGAUGGAGACUCCAAAUGCUGGCAUGACUGUAAUGGUGAAUGCAAGAGCUGUGAUGAGAGGUCUGUUGCCAAGUACAGUGGUGAUAUUUAUUGUGGCCUGUUGGUCAAAAAGGAUGGUCCUUUCAGAGAAUGCCAUGUUGUCAUCAAUCCUAAAGGAUUUGUGGAUGGCUGCAUCUAUGAUGUGUGUCUAAAUGGAGGUCUGCAGUCUUUACUUUGCCAGGCCUUGAAAACUUAUGCAGAUGCAUGUCAGGCAGCAGGGGCUCGGGUGUACAGCUGGAGAGAACAGUCGCGCUGUCCUCGGGUAUGUCCACCCAACAGUCACUAUGAAUCCUGUGGCAGUGCCUGUCCAGCUACCUGCUUGAACCCCCAAGCUGGAGAAAAAUGCAAACGUCCCUGCAUAGAGUCUUGCCAGUGUAAUGAAGGCUUUGUUCUUGGAGCUCAAGGCUGUGUGCCAACCAAGGGCUGUGGAUGCAUGUACAAGGGUCUCUUUUACCCACCAGGACUGAAGCUGUGGGUUGACGACAAGUGUCAGCAGUCCUGCAUUUGUGACCCUGUAACUGGUUCAGUCACAUGUCGUGAUACACCAUGCAAGCCUACUGAAGCUUGCCAGGUGCUCAAUGGUGUAAGAGGUUGUUGGCCAAAAAGCAAGGCUUCCUGCAUUCGUGGUGGGGGCUCCCACUACAUGUCUUUUGAUGGUUUCAAGUUUGACUUCCAGGGGACCUGUAUGUAUCUGCUGGCUGGGCUGUGUGAGCAGAAGAAAGGAAUGGAGCCAUUCCAAGUUGAAUUACAGAAUGAGCAUCGAGGCAGCACUGUGCUGGCCUACCCUUGGCUGGUGCGGGUCACAGUGUACAAUCAUGUCAUUGUGAUGAGCCGGGACAAUGCAGGCAAGAUCAUGGUUGAUGGUUUGUGGGUGAACCCCCCUCUAACUCUUGAUGGUAACCAUCUCUCUAUCAUAAAGACAGGCUUUAAUGGAAUUGUCCAAACAAGUUUUGGUUUGAAGGUCACUUUUGACUGGUCACACUGGGUGGUGGUGACUGUACCAAGCACUUAUCAAGGAGCACUCUGUGGUCUGUGUGGCAACUACAAUCUCCAGACCAGUGAUGACUUAAAAAUGAAGGGUGGGAGCCCUGCUUCUGGAACUGCAGUUAUUCCAGGAUGCACAAUUUGGAGAAAGCUGUGA